AUGGAAGGAGCCGACGAGAUAUUCAAGGCAGGAUGCUUGCGUGAUGUCUACGAAGAACGACCACUAGGAUCUCCGAAUGUGUCCAGAAUCGUCACCAGAUUCCAGCCCGAGCCGAAUGGUUUUCUUCACCUGGGUCACGCCAAAGCAAUAGCCAUCAACUUCGGUUUCGCGCGUUACCACCAUGGAGACUGCAACCUGCGCUUCGAUGACACCAAUCCGGGAGAGGAGAAAGAACGAUUCUUCACCGCUAUUCGGGACAUCAUAACAUGGCUCGGUUUCGAACCCGCCAACAUCACCUACUCAAGUGACCACUUCGAACGGCUAUACCAGCUAGCAGAAAACCUGGUCGAGAGAGAUGGGGCAUACGUCUGCCACUGCUCAGGUACGUCCUCAGGCUUUUCAGGGAAUGAGGUGGUUACUCACUGUAUGGACAGCGGAAGACAUAAAACGACUCCGAGGCGGUGGCAAGGAAUCGAAAGGCAGCCUUGCAAGAAGGGCAUGCGCGCAUCGAGACCGACCGAUUGAAGAAAGUCUCCAAGAAUUCCGCGCCAUGCGAGAAGGAAAGUAUGCCAAAGGUGAAGCCGUUCUCAGGAUGAAACAGGAUCUCCGAGACGGCAACCCCCAAAUGUGGGAUCUCGCUGCCUAUCGAAUCGCCGAGCCUGGCAAGAGUCAUCAUUUCAGAACCCAGAACGCUUGGCGUAUCUACCCAACCUACGAUUUCGCGCACUGUCUCUGUGACAGUCUCGAGGGCAUAUCUCACUCUCUUUGCACCACGGAGUUUGAGCUCUCUAGAGUGUCUUACGAAUGGCUCUGUGACCAGCUCGAGGUUUACAAGCCUAUGCAGCGGGCGUACGUUCCUCAAGGAGCUUUUGGGAUUUUUCCUAGACUGAUGGCUCGCAGAUAUGGGCGCCUCCAACUCGAAGGAGUGGUCCUGUCGAAGCGAAAGCUGAAGGCACUAGUUGAGGGCAAGCACGUCCGUGGCUGGGACGACCCACGGCUGUACACGCUUGUUGCUCUCCGGCGUCGUGGUAUCCCCCCUGGAGCCCUCCUGUCAUUCGUCAAUGAUCUUGGCGUGUCGAAGGCGACGACCGUGAUCCGAGCAACAAGAUUCGAGCAAUCGGUCCGCAAGUUUCUGGAACAGACCGUCCCUCGCCUACUGAUCAUCCUGGAUCCGCUCGAAGUGGAAAUCGAAGAUCUGCCCGAAAAUCACGAGGAAAUGGUGGACGUCCCAUUUGCCAAGGAUCCAGCCUACGGAGUAGGUGUACGCAUGUCUUCGAGCCGAGCUUUUUCGCUGACAAUCUUAGACGCACCAUGUGCCCUUCACCAGAACUGUUUACGUGGAGAGGUCAGAUUUCCGUGAAGUCGACUCCAAAGACUUUUUCCGCCUCGCUCCCGGCAAGCCCGUGGGACUUCUGAGAGUCCCAUUUCCGAUUGUGGUCACUCGUUAUGACAAGGAUGAGAGCACCGGACAAGUCACCAACGUAUAUGCGUCUUACAUGCGACCCCGCGAGGGCGAGAAAUUUAAGAAACCCAAGACGUAAGUACACUGUGUGGACCGGCAAACUGAGUGAAUAGCAAGACUGAUGGUUCAUGAAUCGAUAGCUACAUCCAUUGGGUUGCGCAUUCCGCGACGCAUCAAAGCCCCAUCAUGGCCGAGGCGCGAUUGUUCAGCUCCCUCUUCGACCGCGCAGAGCCAGAUACACACCCCGAUGGUUUCCUCGCCGCUCUCAACCCCGAGUCCGAGGUGAUAUACCCCAAUGCCAUGAUCGAGAUCGGUCUUCACGAAAUCCAGAACCGAGCGCCGUGGCCGGCCCGCGAAGGUGAACGGCAUCUGGACUCCAUGGAACAACGUCCGGAAAGUGUUCGCUUUCAGGGUAUGCGGGUAGGGUAUUUCUGCCUGGAUUCAGAUGCGACGACCGGACGACCUGUGCUGAAUCGGAUCGUCACUUUGAAGGAGGAUACUGGCAAAUAG